AGUCGUCUGGGAGGAGCUUCGCGCUAAAGCUUCAGACCCGCCGACGCGCCGCAGCUGUAGCUGAGAGGACUGGAGCUUACAGGAACUGCGUCUGCUGCAGCCUCUCUCUACAGACGCUACGUGCCUCGCGCCUGUGACCUAGCUCUUGGUGCGCCAGUCUCUGUCCCUCAGCUCCCACCUGGCACACACCUGGUCAAGACCGGGGUCCUGCCAAGCGCCAGGAGGGCUUGUGUACCACUGGCCCAAGGGAAACGCGGAGCGCGCGCGUCAUGGGGCCGCCGCCUGGGACCGGGGUCUCCUGCCGCGGUGACUGCGGCUCUUCCCGAUUGCUGGCAUGGUGCUUUCUACUAGCUCUGAGUCCUCACGCCCCGGGCUCCCGAGGGGCCGAAGCUGUGUGGACCGCUUACCUCAACGUGUCCUGGAGAGUUCCGCACACCGGAGUGAACCGCACGGUGUGGGAGCUGAGCGAAGAGGGCGUGUAUGGCCAGGACUCGCCGCUGGAGCCUGUGGCUGGGGUCCUGGUACCGCCCGACGGGCCCGGGGCACUCAACGCCUGUAACCCACACACGAAUUUUUCGGUGCCCACGGUUUGGGGAAGCACUGUGCAAGUCUCUUGGCUGGCCCUUAUCCAACGUGGCGGGGGCUGCACCUUCGCAGACAAAAUCCAUCUGGCGUACGAAAGAGGGGCCUCUGGAGCCGUCAUCUUUAACUUCCCGGGGACCCGCAAUGAAGUCAUCCCCAUGUCUCACCCCGGUGCAGGAGACAUUGUUGCAAUCAUGAUUGGCAAUCUUAAAGGAACAAAAAUUCUGCAAUCUAUUCAAAGAGGCAUACAAGUAACAAUGGUCAUCGAAGUAGGGAAAAAACAUGGCCCAUGGGUGAAUCACUAUUCAAUUUUCUUUGUUUCCGUAUCCUUUUUUAUUAUUACGGCAGCAACUGUGGGAUAUUUUAUCUUUUACUCAGCUCGAAGAUUACGGAAUGCAAGGGCUCAAAGCAGGAAGCAGAGACAAUUAAAAGCAGAUGCUAAAAAAGCUAUUGGAAGGCUUCAGCUGCGGACACUGAAACAAGGAGACAAGGAAAUUGGCCCUGAUGGAGAUAGUUGUGCUGUGUGUAUUGAACUAUAUAAACCAAAUGAUUUGGUACGCAUCUUAACCUGCAACCAUAUUUUCCAUAAGACAUGUGUGGAUCCAUGGCUGUUAGAGCACAGGACUUGCCCCAUGUGCAAAUGUGACAUUCUCAAAGCUUUGGGAAUUGAGGUGGAUGUAGAAGAUGGAUCAGUGUCUUUACCAGUCUCUGUAUCCAGUGAUCCACCCAACAGCGCCUCUGCCCAUGAAGAAGAUAAUCGCAGUGAGACUGCCUCAUCUGGAUAUGCUUCAGUACAGGGAGCUGAUGAACCCCCUCUGGAGGAACACGUGCAAUCAGCAAAUGAAAAUCUACAGCUGGUAAACCAUGAAGCAAAUGCUGUGGCAGUGGAUGUUGUUCCUCAUGUUGACAACCCAACCUUUGAAGAAGAUGAAACUCCUGCUCCAGAAACUGCUGUUCAAGAAACUAAAUCAUAAAAUCUGUGUUAAUACAAAACUUGAAAUUUAGUGAUAACAGGACUGCCAAUCAGGGCCUAGUUUACUCUUAAUAAACUGGAUAAACUUAAUAAAGUAAAAAUUAUACUGAAAGUACUGAGAUGACUAAUAUUAUACUGUAGUUAAAUGGCUUAAAUAUUUAACCUGUUAACUUUUUUCCACAAAUACAUUAUAAUGUUUUCAUAGGCAAACUUCCUCUGAAUAGUGAUAGCAACAUUUUUAAACAUUCAAGACUGUCUUCAAGUAGUCAUGUUUUUUAUUUGUAACAAUUUUCUUAUAAAAAACAUGUUGCUUUUGAAAUGUGGAAUAGAUAUAAUCAUUUUAUUUUAUGAUAGUAUCUUAAUUAAAGAUAACACUACUUUAGCUUGGGCUAUCUGUGUCAGGGUUUUUCUCCAGGUGCUUAUAUUGAUCUGGAAUUUUAAUGUAAAAAGCAAUGCAAACUUAGGCUAGUUCUUUAUGAAAUGUCUAUUUAAACUACAUUAAGUUGAUAGAACAAGAUUAAAGCAAACCACUUAAAUGUUUUCUUUUUAAAAUUAGGCUAAAUGUUUUUUGUGUGUCAAGCAUAGUUCAUCAGAGAAUAUGGACUGAAUUGAUUGCUAUACUAGUGACACAAAUUUGACACAAGAUCAUAGACAAAAAACUUUCUUACAAAAAUAUUGUAUAACUAUUUCUCAAACUUGUGGGAUUUUCAAAAGCACAGUGUAUAAACUACCAUACUAUUUGGAAAUGGUAAUGACAAACUCAUACAAAAAUUGCUAAUUGACCUUUGUGCAUGAAUUAGUCUAAUGAAAAUGUUCUGUAAAAUUAGUCUGUAGAAAAUGUUUCCAAACAAUGUUAAGUUUGAAAAUUGAGUUUACAUUUGGCCUAUAUGGGCUAAAAUUAUAUUAAGCUAAAAUUUUGUCCAUUUAGCUAUAAUUUUGUGAAUGCAUUAUUUUGCUGUUUCGAAAAAAAAAUGGGGGUGGGAAUUCCAGGUGCCUUAAUAUAAAGUUUGAAGCUUCAUCCACCAAAGUUAAAUAAAGCUAUUUUAAAAUGCACUUUAUUGGUAUUCUGCGUGGCUUAUCUUUUAUUUUAGUUUAGUUUCCAGUGCAAAUUCCAGCAGAAUGCAGACAAAAAUAGAACAGAUGUGUAUUUUUGUUUGCUGAAUGUAAAAUGGAUAAAACCAUUACAUUCUUACACACUGAUUUGAAAUGCUGUAAAUAUGUCCCAAUUUGUAUUGAUUCUCUUUAAAUAUAAAAUGUAAAUAAAAUAUUCCAAUAAAAGUUUGUGUCUUGUGUUUAGUU